GAGAGGUACGGAAGCCUAGCUAGGCUCGCUCGGUGGGGUCCUUGGGAUGGGCUGAAAGAAAGGGGGCUCGAAAGGGAAAGAGAAGCUCGCAGGACCCAAACCGGGGGUCGCGCAAAGGUCUGUCGCCGUUAAACGUGGCGCUAUGUCCCGCCCAGCCGUGGCCAUGCACUCCCUGGUCUUCCUGUGUGCCCAGAAGGUGGUCUCCCAUUACACCACGUUGCAGGAUGCCUUGGACUUCAUCCCCAAGGAGCUCUAUCCUGUCUUGUUCAAGGCAGCUUUCCUGGACAAGAGGACGCCAUCACUCCAGCAGUUGGUCGAGACCUGGCCUUUCCCAGUCCUCAGUUUCCAGAAGCUCUUGCGGAAAUGCCAGCACUGCGAAUAUGCCUUGAUCCGGGAGAAGCCAAACAAGUUGUGCAUACAGGCUAUUAUUUUGGGAGUGGUGACCUAUCUGACUAAACUGCUAGAGGAGCGACAUUCGAGUAAGAGAUAUCGGGCAUUUCACUUCCCCAGCAAAGGAAAAGGAGACAAGGGGCAGCGGCUGAAGGUCCUGGACAUGACCGGCCUUCAGGACGAAGGGCAGGGCCCCGAGAGCAUGAGCCUGUGGUCCCGGACGGUGACACUGGCAAAGGCGUGCCUUGACAUUUCUAAGCAGCAGAGCAAGUACAUGCGGCGGACCUCCAAGCGGCGGAAGGGCCCCUACAGCACCACGCUGACCCUGCCCAUCCCUCACCCCGUCUGGGUAGAUGUCUGGGUGGACCUUUUCGUCAACAGCACUUCCUACGGGGUCUUGAAGGAUGCCUUGCAGGUCAACAGCAUCAACGCCCUGCGGUUGAGGUGCCGGGACUUCCGGGCGGAGGAGCUCUCCAUCGCCAGCACUGUGGGCCUCCUGGAGUUCCUGGACCCGGUCGGCGUCCGGCAGGUGGACCUGCGCUUCAACAACCUGGGCCUCUCAGGCCUAAGAGUGGUGCUCCCACACCUGGCCAAAUUCACCAACCUGGCCAGCCUGAAGCUGCCCUAUAGCAACAUCGACGUUCGGCGCCUGACUGUGGGCAUGGAGGGCAGCCUGCAGUACUUUGCCAACCAGCUCAGCCGCCUAAAGUGCCUCAAGGAGCUCAACCUGGGCUCCUCCAGGCUUUCGGGCAAACUGAGGCAGCUGCUUGGAGACCUGCACAGCCCCUUGGAGAGCCUGGAGCUGGCCUUCUGCUACCUUCUGCCCUCCGACUUUGCCUACCUGUCCCAGAGCCACCACACGCCGGCCCUGAAGAAGCUGGACCUCAGCGGGAACAACCUCUCAGACGUGCUCCUGCACCCGUUCCUGGGCCUGCUGACCGAGUCGGCCUCCACCCUCCUGCACCUGGACAUCAUGGAGUGCCGCCUGCUGGACACCCAGCUGAACGCGCUGCUCCCGGUCCUGAGCCGCCUCUCGCGCCUGCGCUACCUGGGCGUCUUUGGCAACCCCUUCUCGGCCGUGGGGCUGAAGAACCUGCUCCAUCGGACCCUGGGCCUGCCGGACCUGCGGCUGGUCAUCUACCCCUACCCGGUGGACUGCUAUGGGGAAGACCUGCCCUGGCCCCCCACCUCCUCCAACCUGCUCAACGGCGCCGUGGACGAGGAGAAGUUCUCCCGGAUCAGCAACGAACUCCAGCAGAUGUUGCUGAGCGGAAACAGGACAGAUGUGGUCUGGACCACGAACCUUUGCCGCCACAAUAGCCUGGACUAUUUUAGUUUAUAGCCCCUGCCAGUAGGAUGCCCCUCUCCCUCUCUGUCUUUCACCUGUCCACACAGUCUGACCCUUACCGUAAUGGAGCCGGGCUGUCAAGCAAGACUGACUCCCCCCCCCUCUCUUUCUCUCCCUCAAUCUCUCAAUGUAUAUAUCCAUAUCCUGGUGCUCCCUGAACCAAAAAAAAAUGUGGCUGAAAUGUUCCUGGAGACAGACUGUAGAUUGGAGGCGUGUGCUCUAUUUCCGACGUUACCGAUGGACUAUGCACAUCCGCCGCAGCCCUGUUCUCCCAUUUCUCCCGGCUAGGAGUAGCACAGAGUAGACUUUACUUAGUCUGAAAAGGGGCCCGGGUCCCUUCUGAAAACGUGACUGUGGAGUUGGGCAAACGGCUGCAGGGGUGAAGAGGGGAGCACGUGGUGCAUUUCCAUCUCGGUUGAAAACCGGUGCCAGCAACAAAUGCCAAUUCAAAACAUCUUUCUUUUCUUUUUUUAAUGUUAAAGCCCUUCCCAGCGCAUGCAAUGAGACCUGGAGUUGGGGUUUCUUUAAAACGUUAACGCCCUUCCCGGUGGUGCAUGCAGCGAUACCUGGGCUUGGGCUUUUUUUAAAUUUUAGACAUCUCUUUUUGCGACAUGGUAUUUAGAAUUUAACCAAGUUCAGAUCACCUUUUCUCUUUUGACCAGUUGAUGUGUCUGAGACGGAGGCCUGUCUCACGGACUGUGCAGGAAAAAGGCGCUGUGUGUAGAUGAUGAAGAAGAAUCUGGAGGAAGAGCUAGUGCUGAAGAAGAAUCUGGAGGAAGACCUGGAAGAGGAGGGGCUGUGCAGCAGAAUCUGGAUAUGAAAUAAAAAAGAUUCCUGUGCUGGUGA